UUUUACCCGUUUGCCAUCGCGGUAGGGACAGUUUGUCCAACCCCAAGCGCCCGUGCGUGUCAAAACUCGUGAUCGAAUGAGUUGCGAACGCAAUCGCCCCGAAAAAUUCGCCUGUUUCCUUCGUUUUCCGGCGGUGCUGAUUAACCGAGGGCAGCUCAUUCGACUCACGGUUCGUGACGGCGUACGCGAGGGUUGCAAUCACGGUUCACGGUGGCCGAGAAGUUACGGCACACGGGAGCGCGAGCGAGCGAGCGAUUGUACAAUAUUUCGCCAGCAGCAGAGCCGUGCGUGCGGGGCGUUCUGGUGAAGUUAUUGCGGUUGUGUUUGAAGUGUGAUAAAUGAAGUAGUUGUGCAAAACGAUGCAAGCGAGAUAGCGAGCGAGGGUUAAGGUGUGUGCGCCCGUGUGUGUGUUAGAGAGAGCGAGAGGGAGAGAAGGAGAGAAAGAUUGAGAGGGUGAAGGCAAGAGGAAGCAGUGGCCACAGGUUCGGUCGGUGAUCGCGUCUCGCCCCAAGAAGUACGUGCGGAAUAGUGGGCCCCAUCGUACCAGUGUCCCGUGUCCACUGGUUUGGGCUUCAUACAGUCCUUCCUGCGAGUGCUGCGGAUGCUGCUGCGGAUCGAGAGGACAACGUGCCUGCUCAUACAGUGCCAUCCCGUGCUGUAAAAUGUGUACCUGUGUACGCGCGCGUGUGCCUCGUGAAGAAUCUUGAAGAAUCGAGGGCGAAAAGGAUGUGGAGCCAACCGAGUGGCCGCUAGUGAAUCGAGGUGCCAAACAGGAAAGAAGGGAAUUGGCGAGAUCCGUCUCGCAAGGAGCAGGUGUACGCGUGUGUGUCUGUGUGUGUGUGCAUACGGACGAGGCUGAGGGCUGCUGUGUGUCCGGAACAUUGAUUCACGGGCGUUGGAGUUGACAUCGGUAGUUCAGUUCAGUGUCAGUGGUUUUUUUUUCUCCAGUGGGGAGGCUCAACACGAGUUCUUGAAGUUGGCCUCAGGAAGUCCAGAGUGUCCCGAAAGUCCAGUGAAGUGCUGGUGCUGUGUUCGUGUUGCCUGUAUGAUUGAGUGUCCCACGUUGAGUUCGAAACAGGUUGGAAAGGGGCGAACCCGAUCGGAAGCGAAUGGUGGGCCGUAGUGCGAAUACUGCCUACUGCUGAAAGGCGUUGGUGGUGGUGUUGGUGGUGGCUCUAGCGCUAGUGGUAGUGUUGGUGGUGGUGGCCACAGGUGAAGUGAGCCCGUGAGUGGGGUGUUGGGUGGAAAAUUCGGAGGAAAACAACGACCCGCACUGCGUCUGCGCGCUGCCAACUGAGUGAAAAGCGAUGAAGUGAACUGCCCUUCAGUGCCUGCCGCACACAACGCAUGCAAUCAUACGUGCGCACACACACACACGCACACAUCUCUACUCACAAAACAACCCCCCCAUCUGUACACAGAAAAACACAUACGCAAUACUUUCAACAAUACACACGCACACAGGCGUGAGACAGGCUCACUAACGACUAACGGACAGCGCCUUGCCCGUGGAAGCGCGUGGAACGGGGCGAAGGAUAUUCGAAACUCGAUUCAAUCGAUCGUUCAAUUCGAACAGUGCGUGUCGGCGAUGGCAGAGUGCUCCUGCGAAACGGGUCGGUAUCUUCCACCGCGCUACGUAGGAGGCUCUGUACGGUAGUGAACUCGGCCGGACUGUCAGGUCCUCGGUACGCGCAGGUUGGCGCGUGUUACUGACCGGUGCACGGACACCUCCCCGAUCGGCCACGGGUUGGUCUUGAAGCGUGCGCCCCAAUAUCCGCAAGUUUCGUAAGACUCACCGGAGGAUGGAACCGGACGUGGCAGUCGUCCCGUCAUCAGCACUGUUGUCGUCGUCGUCGUCGCCGUCGUGGUCGUUGUUCGGUGCUGCCGUACCGCUGUGAGCGUAUUGGUCCCGAACGGAACCCGUCUCACCCCGGCCAUACAUUCCGGUGCAGGAGCUGACGGAUGUCGUGUGUAACACCAGCAAGUGUCGAUGCAGCGAGGGGGCUCAAAACAGUGCCCCCUAGUUCGUUCUUUUGAGGCAUGUCGUAAUGGCAAGGGAGGAGUCUCGUGGCAAGAGGCCUUUAAAAAUCUGGGACAGUUGGCGCAAUGUCCGUAAAGGUCUCGUAGUAGGUAGCUUCGAGGAGCUAAUAGUUAGAGGAAAAGAUAAAUUAGGAGUGCCAGCCUCCGAACCCGUGCGACUGGUGUUGGAAUGCGACGGCACACAGGUGGAGGAUGGCGAAUACUUCAGGACGUUAGCGAACAAUACGGUACUACUCCUAUUGCGGCAAGGUGAACGCUGGUAUCCUACGGGGGUCGAUGUAAUUAAGGCUGCAAUCUCAGCAAUACCAAAGAUCGUUUGCGAAACAAUACAUGCAUUGGAGCUGCAGGAUGAAACACCCUCCUGGAAGAUUAUGGAUAACAAGGGUCGAGUCACAGUUGUGUUGCAUUGGGAUCAACGGCAGGGCGGUGGCCAAGGUGGUGGCGGCGGCGGUGGCGGCAGUAGCAGCAGCGGUGGUCCCGGCGGUCCCGGUGUCGGCCUAAGCAACGGGCCGACGUCGGACAAAUUUUCGCCCUCGAAGAAAAGCCUCUCGACGCAGAACUCGAUCGACAAAUCGUCCGUGUCGAGCCAGCCGCGCUUCCCCAGCCCCCAGAUUACCGUCAUCAAUCACGAUGAUCCGCAGUCCCAGAUUUACCAUUCGGCGCGACGCCUCUCGAAGCAGGGCGGUUCGUUCGACAGUGCCGUCGGGGCGGUGCACGUGCACACGCCCGAGUGUGCGCACCAUGCGCAUAUGCCCACGCGUGCCGGCAGCCCCGGUGCGACCGAGUGUGACUUCCACUGUUGCGCCCUGCACGAGGAGGGCCGCAAGAUUGCGGUGCACAAGAAUGUGGCCACCUCGCCCAUACAGGAUGGGUCCGCGAGUCCGCAGCCGCCCCCGAGCAGCAUGUCGGACAGCCGGCGGACGUCCACGACCAAGGGCCACGUCCGGUUUCUGGACAUCGGGCCGGAGCGGGACAGCUCCGAGAGCGAGACGGAGAACACCGUCAUGGAGGACGAAACCGUGACGUCCGAAAAGUUUCUGCUGCUGAUCGACCAGCUGUCCGUCGAUCAGAAGCGCCACCUCAGCAUCAAGGACAUCGGCAUCAUACUCGAGCGGCUGAGCUCGAAGAUACUGGAUGUCGAGCGGUUGGACCGCGAGAGCGAGUCGGACGAUUGCUACAACUGGACGAUCAAGGCAACGAUACGUGGCGAUGCGCUGCGCGAGCUAGGUGUUAUUUAUAAUGGAAACUAUUACGCAAUAUCAGAGCAUCCGGGCUACAAGGAGGAGAACGAGGAGAACGGUGAGGAUGCGGAGGAGGAGGACGAGGAUAGAUUAUAAAAAUCGGUUGAUUGCACGCGAUAUGCGAUAAGUUAGACUAAUCUGUAAGCCACCGAACGUUGGUCAAACAAACAAAUAAUCCGUGGAACUCACACACACACACAGCCACCCACUGAACCGUGGCUGUGGCGUCGUUGAGGCGGCGUCACUCGUACGUUCGGUUGGACGCGGUAGUAUCCUAGCGGGAUUCUCUUUGUAUUAGGCGCGCGAUCAUCGGCACUCACUCACUCACACCGAGGAUCGGGCAAGAUCGCAAUCGAGGUCGUGAUCGAUUUGUUUUUGGAUGGCAACCAGGCAGUACAGCAGUACUAGUAUUUAUCUGUAUGUGUGUGCGUGCGUGUGUGCGCGUGUGUGUGCAUGUGAGCCGGACAAUUUUGUACCCGUCAUCGUCGUCGUCGUCGUCGUCGAGCAGAGGACGAAUGUUGAGUGAGGCGAAGCGAACGGAAGCAGCAAUCCAGACAGACACAGACACACUCUUACACACUUCACCUCAUCAAACACCGUAGCAAACAGAGAGGCACAUCCACAACUACUGUGUAGCAUUUUGUAUGGCGUACGAUUCCUUUUAUGCGGUGAUCGGUCCUCGAUCGUUAGUCGGUUUGCCAAGAUAACAAAACGAAAAAGACAACAACAAAAAACAGGUGCCAAAAUGGACGAUUUCCGGAUGGCGUAUAGUAAACUGAGGGGAGUUGCGCACCAAACCAGUGCACCAGUUAUCCACCAAGUGCAGUUCAGAGAGAUGCCGUGGGACGGAGGAUGCAUCUAGCAGACGAUAGCGAAGCAAAAAUUUGGUUACAUCUAGUGCAAACAAAAAAAAAACUAAACUAAAAUUCAACACAAAAAAGAAACCCCUACACAGGAGCAAAGCAAAGCUGGGCUAGGCGCCAGAGUGAGAACUCGUUAAGAUAAAGUUAAAGCAAGCGAUUAACGAAACCCCUUUAACCAUGAUAAACAUAAAGUAAACCGACGACGCGCGUCUGUACGCCAUAACCAUUGCCCCGGGGAAAAAGCGAAGGCAUCCGCAAACCUAAUCGUAGUGAAGACGAAAACGAAAGAAACUGCGCGCGCGUGUGUGUGACAAAGACAAAGUGAACAAGCAAAAAAAAGUUUUUAAAAAGCUGCCAUUUACGAAACGUAAAUAAACACAAACAAACGAACAAUACAUUGAAACGAAACGGUGUAUGUGUUAGCAAACAAAAAAAGGAAAAAACUCAAAAAACAUGGAAUAUCAAGCGCGACCGGAUGGACGGAUGGAGCUGCGGCUCAGUUACGCCAACCGUUUGCAGUUCAUACAAAAUCCCUGGUUUUGUUUGUUGGUGAAAAUAGUGUAACCGUGUAACACAGGUAAAGCAACGUUAUAACGAGCUGCAAUCACAAAACAAACAAAAACGCAUGACAAGGAAGAGGACAAAACAAAAAAAAAACAAACCCCGCACAUCAUUGUAAUCAUUACAUUAGGACAGAAAAUAACGAAGAAACAAACAAGUAUUACUAAAACCUGAGGGCGCGUAGGAAAAAACGCGGUGGUAGAUUAUAAGAUAAAACCGAAGCAAUUAAAUUAAAAUAAAACAUGAAAAGGAAGAAAAAGUCAAACUUUAAAACUGGCACCGUGAAAGAACAAACAACAAACAAGAAAACUACAAAGCAAAAUAUCGUAAACGGACGCGUUGGCGGUCGAAUUAGCUUAUUAUUAAAGAAAGGAAGAAGAGAGAGGGAGGAAGGAGCAGUGUAUGAAUCAUUCAUUCUGGCUGGCGACACGGCCGAAAGUGAGAGUUGAAAACCGUGCAACUAAGGACAAUUUCAAGCAAAUAGAGUUAAACGAAAAAGCCGUACUAGACUAGAUUUAUUUGUAAAGUAGCGAAGCCGCCACGAUGCAAUGGCGUGCAGUGAAAGGAUGGCGGGUAAGAAGAUGGCCACCAAUCGCCAUCAAAUUUGAUGAUAGAGUUUGCAUAAAAAUUCAACCGGAUCACACAUCCCAUUUGCCAACGGUGCAUGCCGACCGCAUGGAAUCGUUGGAAUCGUAAAACCGAUAGUUAGAACACGAGCAAGUACACCCUCGCGGCAGGACAUACUGAAACCCCGAUACCGAUAGUGAAAGGUUCGCCCCAAAACACACCCCAGCUAAUAAAAACACAUUUAAUUGCAAAAAAGGCCGUUUAGCAAACGAUUAGUAGCGUGCGUCCUAGCAGAGGAAAUAAAACAGAAGAAAAACACACACACACACACACACACACACACACACACAGUUGUUAUAAUGAGUGAAACAUAAAUAGGUGACAGAAGUGAGAAGAAAAAAAAAAGCUGGACAAAAGGAAAACCAGAAAUCAAUAAUAAAAGUAAUAUGCGAGCGCCAGGCAGCUCAACCAGCGAGGACAUACAGAGCAGCACACAACACCGCCAUGAAAAUUUGAUGAUAAUCGUCCACAAGCCCCAAGAAACUCCUCCAGAUCAAAAUUAUAAGCUCCUCAACAAUCCUCAUAAUGAAAAAGGCGAAAACACAACACACACACACACACACACAUACACGUUCUACUUGCACCACACCCCCCCAAUUGCAUGAAUUGAAUCGAAAAACGAAACACAAGCGCAGAAUAGAAGGAAGAAGGUAACAGCAAACGGGCAAAGAAAUGAAGGAAAAACAAAACAAACAAAUCGGUAAACGGUAAACCACUUGUGUAACAAAUAGAGACCGGAAGCGUUAUUAGGGUAACAAGGUAAACACACAAAGCAAAACAGAACAGACAAACACAUUAAUCACAGACAUGCGUUAACCUAGAGCACCACCGCCUAUGCGUUAAUGGUAUAUGGCCGUGGCUAGGGACGGUAAACUACAGUUGGUAAAAUAAUAUAUAUUAUAUUAUUGAUAAUGGGGGUUCUCGAGCAGUUCGAGCAGUUCGAUGAUGGCCAUGUUCAUCAUCCGACAUCCUUACUGGUGGUGGCGGUGGUGGUGGUAGGGUACCUGGUCAUUGACGGCGCAUUGUUCGUGAAGGGAGAUUCGUGAAGGGAGUAUUGAAAUGCAAUAAUCAUUCGACAGGUCGUCAAGAUGCUAGAGGAUCGAGGUCGCAAGAUCCGGAUUUGUGGAUUUUUUGUUUUGAUUUUGCGAUGAAUUCUCCUCUGUUUGGAGUCACAAAACGUGUACUUGUUCGUUAAGGAACAAACCGGUGGUGCUGGUAGUAGUCGAAAACCGGAGCAGUCGGAAUAUAGAGCAGCCCAACUGAAUGUGCUAGAUGGGAGCUACCCUCGCACAUAUUGCUGUGUAUGGGUGUACGUGAAGUUAUGCAUGUACAUGGGUGUAGUUGUAUGUGUGUAGUAGGUGCGUGUGUGACUAAGUGUGCGUUUGAGCAGGAAGUUGGCGAGGCUGAUCCUUUGGCUUAUCCUCGCUCGAUCACUUCACGAACGAUCACGAAGCCGCGAGGCUCAUCAGAUUUUCAUUUUCACAUAUCCUGACCCUAUCUAGCUAUCGUUAGUUCUCGUGCGGUUUUUGGUCUAAACGAUCGAUUUGUUUUGUUGUUGUCACAAACCGUACCUGUAUAUCAGGGUUGUUCGAGAGCGCUGUUCACCCGUGUGUGCGGGAACUCCUUAAGUCAUGGUUUUCGUCUCGUCCACUCGUCUAGAGGUGGUAUAAGUUGUCCUUGAUUCUUAAGUAACUCGUGUAGUAGUCACAUCACUGCCAUUAGUUGUUCGUCACCAGCGCGAAGAACGCCAUCUUAGGGUUACUUCCUACCAGGAGCCUUGGGUUAUGUGCAUCGGCUUGGAAGUGGUGAAGCGUUUAAGUUUAAGAAUUAAACAUUGUCCUAGGCUCAAUUCGUGUUGAUCAAGAGGUUUUAGUUUGUUACUUGUCUAAGCGCUACAACUUACUCUCGCCCCAGUACAUUGAAUACCGAGAGAGAGAGAGAGAGAGAGACGCACAUACUCUUCCAUCUUUAAUGCAUGUAAUGUAUUUCCCUGGUAACCUUCCAAAUUGACCAAACUGCAUAUUCUGCUACAAUCCUGUGCCAAAAAUGAGGCUAGUAGAGUUUUUGUAUCGUGCCACUUUUUAUAAUCAGUAGUAGAUAAUACCUUCUUUCUGUUUUGCUUUAAUUUCUCUCCGUUUGAAUGGAUACUAACAAGCUGGUGAAAUGGAUGGUAAAGAGCGCUAGUUAAAGGAAAGAAAGGCUAACCGUGAAGGGCCUGGGAAAAAUACAUCGAUCAAGCAGUUACAGUGAAAGCUCAAUAAAACGGACUUUUGUAUGCAAUUAAUCAAUAGUCAGCCGAGCGCUCUUAUUUUAUGUUAAGAUUCUGAUCGUUAUUUCCGUUUUGCCGUACUGAAGCUGCGUAAUAAAAAAAACCCCAGGAAUGGAAGAAUGUAUAUGAAUGGAUGUGUUAAUUUGUUAAUCCAUUGUACAUGUAAUGGGUGCGUACGUUUUAGAGAGAGAGAAAAUGAAGUCAUCAGAAUUGCCAAAAUGUCCGCACUAGGCACAUUUAGCUUCACCAGAAACAAUCACUUAAUUUGAUAGUGUUUUUAGAAGCUGUACGGCAAUUUGAAUUGAGGGUCGCGGAGUUUCCCAAUUUUGAUAGCAUAUUAUUUAGGAGCUGUAGUGUGGCCUCUUUUGUUAUCCGGUACUGCUGACAAAAACGUACUGUUUUAUACGUGUUUAUUUUUGGUUGUGUGUAUUUUUUACCCCAUUUUCAGUGUAUCACUGGCAGCAGAAGGGAGCUUAAGAAGGCCAAACUAGACAGCCCAGCACUCUCUUGAAAUACAUAAAGCAAAAGCGGAUGAAAAAUGUCAAAUUUGUUUGAUUAAUUUGGUUUUUGGAGCGAUUUAAGCGCAUGCGAAAUGAACCCAUAACCGAAGAUAAGACCGCAUCUAGGAGCAAGCAACGUACCUAAAGUAGUGGGAAAUCAUUUGAACGAAAGAAGCAGUUUGAAUCCAUUGCAUCCCACACCACUCAAAACCCCCGAAAUGCAUGUGUGAGAAUGAUCGUGUACGAUGUUUAGAUGUUUUCACUAAAACCGGUCACCGGUCGUCGGUUUUCCUAUUGCUGCGAGCAACCUCCAUCUCGUGCCAACGGAUGGCGAGGCGUUAGAGGCGUCACGAAUCACCUAUCACAGUCGUUAAAACCGUAAAUGUAGCGUUAGCUCGGCGAAGGUGAAGUAUGCGAAUUCUUAGACUCAUACCCAAACACAGAGAGAGAGAGAGAGAGAGAGAGAGAGAGCGAGAUAGCGAGUUAAACUUAUAUCUGACACUGCCCUAAGCCCUAGGUAUGAACACAAGUUCGGAAAAAAUGGAGCUGCCUAGCCAAGAGUCCCCGUUUGAAACCUGUUGAACACCCGACAACACACGGUUAAAACAAGCAGUAAACAAGUUGAAAUAAAACCGCGAGAGAGAGGGAAAAGGAAAUUUGCACCAUAGAACGGUAAUAUAGUCGAAACCAAACAAUAACUGUCCAGCAUUGGUUUAACUCUAUUGCGUCUAGGUCUAACGAAAACUCAAGUAAAGCAACUGGGCCGAUUAUACUGAUGCACCUUUAACAUGCGCUCACCUUAAAGAAACCAAACAAACAUACUACGCAAUGCAAUGCCGAUGAGGAAGGAUAAACUAUCUAACCACUAGCCGACUGUUUGUUUGUAUUCCGGAGGGCUAGACAAUCCUUCUAAAACGCACCGUGCAUAUAGCAGCAGCAGAAGCAGCAGCAGUAGCAGAAAAGGGUUCGUGAUGACUCGGCCGAGGGUUACGUUGUGUUGUGUAGAGCGUGUUGUUCCGCCGCCGGCAAUCGGUGGCAGGGGAGCACAUAAUGGUAAUAAAUGGUUAGAAAACGAUGAAACAAAACAAAGAAAUAAUUGAAAUAUAGCAAAACUUCUAAUACAAAACAAAACACACAAAAAAAACGAUAUCGUACCAUAUUUUUUUAAAUAUAUAAAAGAAAACCAAAAAAGCGUAAAAAAAAGAAUAAAAUAAAUUGAGCGAACGAGAAGCUGCAACACCUAAACGAUUGCAGCCAAGACAUCCAGUCUGUGGGUCGGUGUGUGAGUGUGUAAUAAUCGCCAUUGUUGAUGGAGGUUCAAUCAAACGGGCAACUAACUUAUCGAAGUAUUUAGUGGCUACGAACUAGUAGUACGAACACACACACACACACACCCAGGAAAGGAAGUAAUCUACCGAAGCAACUUGAGAGCAAGGUGAGACGAAAGAUUAACACACAAACACCCAUUCGAAACAGAACACAAACAUACAAAAUACACACACUCACACACAUUGAUUAAAAAGUCGAAUUCAUUUAAUACCUAGAAUUAUUAAUCUAAAUAUUCAAGUAUUUAAAUGGUGAUCGGUAGAUCGGUGCGUUGUGCGAGAAGGUUGAGAAGGUAGUUGACCGCAGACAGAGAAAGAGAAAGAGAGAGAGAGUGAAGAAAUAAAAGAAGCGAACGAAUUAAACGGGUUUUGAAUAUAAUUCAACAAGUAUAAACAAACAAAAUAGAACAAACAAACAAAAAAGAAGAAAAAAGCGACAAACUCAAGAUAAUGCAAACAAACUGCAAGCGUGCAUGCCACGAUCGCCUGCGACAUACGCACCUUAGUAACAAAGAGUAAUGCGCAUCUGGGUGCCCCUUGCAUAACGAAUAGGCUCCAACAUAAUGCGCCCACAAACAAACAAAAAAACAGACAGACACAUACA